AUGUAGUAUUCUGAGCAAUUUACUAAUAUCAAAGAAAAUAAAACAAGUGGAAUUUUAUCAGAGUUCGCAGAAGGAUUCAAUAGAAGAUUUAACAUCUUUGGUUUAGAAGUAUUAGAUGUUUCUAUAUAUUAGCUAAUGAAUAAUAUAUGA